UUCUCUCUCGCACAUCCUGAUCGCUGCAGGUCUCGGGAAGAUCAGGUUGACGUGUAACUAAAGUGUUGAUCAAGUACUACGUUUGAAACAUUUGUAGUGCGCGCAGGACUGCGGACGCGGAGGACGCUGCCUGAAGUGAAAGACGUUUAUGUGCUGCCCAGGACUCAAAUGGAUCUUAAUCAAAUAAAUAUUUGAUGACCAAACCGGGGUAAAAGAUGAAGAAGAGUUUAGUAAAUGGCUUCAUCUUUGAGGCGUCAAUCCGACUGCUGCUUUUGAUCGUGUUCCUUGUAACAGAAGAGCUCGCUCCAUUUAACCGCGAGAUUCAACCGGAGGAGAUGUGGUUGUACAAGUAUCACCACGUACAGAACGACCAUGUUCCCACUUUUCUCAUGUUUAGCAUCGCCUGUUUCACACCGCUGGUGGUCAUCAUGCUCUUUUCCUUCCUGAAGAAGGCAGAGAAGGGAGACGUGCGUGAGGCCUCUUUAGCGGUGACUCUGACCUUGGUUCUAAAUGGGGUCUUCACCAACACAGUCAAGCUGAUUGUCGGCAGACCUAGGCCGGAUUUCUUCUACCGCUGCUUCCCGGAUGGACAGAUGAACCUGGAGAUGCGCUGCAGUGGUGAUCCUGAUGUGGUGAUGGAGGGAAGAAAGAGUUUCCCCAGCGGCCAUUCAUCCUUUGCCUUUGCUGGGCUGGGCUUCACGGCGUUCUACCUGGGAGGCAAGCUCCACUGCUUCAGCCAAGCCGGACAGGGGAAGGCCUGGAGACUGUGUGCCUUCCUUGCUCCCCUCCUCUUCGCCAUCAUGAUUGCGCUGUCCAGGACCUGCGACUACAAACACCACUGGCAAGAUGUGCUGGUGGGAUCUCUGCUGGGCCUGGUCUUCUCCUACCUGUGCUACCGGCAGCACUACCCGGCGCUAAGCGACCCAGACAGCCACAGACCCCUGCGUGACAGAGAACCCAUUCCCGCCGCCCAGGAGCGCAAGCAGGCUAGCUCCGGCUACAUCCUGCCCUUAUAGGCACCCCGGUUCACUGUCGCAGGCCUACUUCUGGAAAGCCUUUCGGGACAGGGGUGCGGGUAGUGGUGGGGUGGGGGUAAAGGCAUACCUUCCGUCCCCACCAGGUAAUGGGUCCCUGCUCUUUGACGCAGCGUUUUCUUUAUAUCUUCUUGCUGUGAGCUGGCAGCCAUGGUAAGUGUGCGCAGACCACAUUAGAACAUCCUUUUCUUGCGUGUUCAAGAUUCGGAUGGUUCCAGGGCGCGUAGCAGGGACUUCUGUUUGACUUUUACCUUUGAACGCAUCAGUCUAUCAGAAUGCCUCUGUGACCCCCCCUUUGAUAAUGUUCUGUGCUCCCAUAGUUAACUAAUGUAUACAUCAUGGUUGUUCAAUAGCAUCUAAGAGUCACAGCUGGGAAUGGCCUUGAGUUUCUCCUGUGACCAGGAUAGAGUACACGAUCAUCAUUCUACACAAUAUUGUGAAUCGUACCAUUUAAUUUAUUGCUGGACCUCACAGCCUGCUUUUUGGCAGGGCUUUUUUGUAAUGUAUUGAACUAUGGAGCAUGGAUAAGCCACUGAAUUGCUUUUCAAAUGUAUUAUGGUCAGUUUACAGAAGAGCUCUGAAUAUCGUGUUAUUGACAGGUUAUUCUAGCAAAGAAGCAUUGAUGUGGUGCCUUUGUGCAAUAGUUUUUUUUUUUUUUUACAUUCCACAUUACAUGCAGGUAGGUAGAAAUGGUAUGAGACCUUGAAUAUACUGUACGUGUGCUGUACUAUUGAAAUAGAAUAAUACAUGCUGUAUGCUAACAUGGAUAUUUCACAACAUUGGGUAGUACAAUGUACAGUAAGAAUACCUCACUAUCAUGUAUGUUUAGUUUUUUCUCUGGCUUGGUCAAAAACAUUUUUAAUUAAAUAUUGUAAUUAUUGACAUUUUAUACAAUUUAAGUCGAAUGUUUUUUAUGUGGUGGUUGUGGGUGUACAGGGUACACUUUGAUAGCAAAUUAAGAAAAUAAACACAUCAAGUCAAUAUCAAUCAUUAUAUGGGGACACAAAGAUAAGUGGACCAGUAUUUGGUGCAUUGUUUCAGGACAUCUGUUAGAUAAUCAUGGCUUAUUAUGACUUGAGGUCUCUGUUGCUCCGUGUAUUCUCAGUUUUGAAAAAUGAAAGUUUCUCUUAUGAGCCAGAUUUCUUGAAGUUUAUAUUGUCUAAAUGAAAUCACUAUGUUUGGUGGGUGUUGCUUGGUUUGGUUGAGAUUUGAAACAACAGUUGAGUAUUUGGGACUAAUUGACUUUGAACAGCCCAUUUCUUGAAGACCACUUGUGCAUAAUUAUGAUCUAUAUUGAUGUAGAAUUUAUUUUAAAAUGAUAGUACAGGAAAUGCUCUCUAGCUUUCAGGGAUAAAGAAUUUAAACUGCAGUUCUCUAGUAUUUCAGUAUGCAAAAACAUGCAAACAUGAAAUGGCGUACUUUUUAAAAACAAAUUUGGCACUCAACACAAGUCUGUGUGCAUAUUCUGUUUCCAUCCCAAUUCAGAAUGGCCAAUCAUCUGCAACUGCAGGGUGCAGACAUAGCGUGACUUCCAUCUCAGGUCUUCCUGUCUUCAUAUAAUGUUUCGGCCUCUGUUGUUUUCAGUAGUGAGGCCUCAAACAACUUUUAAAGUAUGUCUUUGUUCCAGCUGUGAUAAAAUGGCCAUUUUACAGAACAAUAAAUAAACUCAUUAGUGACGCAUUAAGAAUUUUGACUGAUUAAUCUCAGCCAGCUCAGACAUCACCCUCAGCACCAGCUGGUGAUGAGUUCCAUGUAUCAUCAGGGAAUUUGAACCAUAAUUGCAGAGCCUUGUGGCAAGACUUCAGUGGCCCUUCCUUCUGUGUGUUAUGCUGCAGGAUCCGAGAAGGAUUAUUUUUGGAACUGCAGAUUCUUUUUUUUUUUUUUUUUUGAUUGUCUCUUUAUUGUCACAACUAGGUAUAUUUUAAUCUGGUUAGACUGGACUAACUUACAUUUACCAACUGUCUAACUUGCAUACCAUUUCCUGGUUACACCUGUGAUGGUGAGCUGGCAAAAUUUGUGGUCUUUAUUAUGCAAUUUGGAUUAGAACUGUAUGUUCCCAAGUAACUGAGGUAGAAUGAAGAUUGUUGUAACGGCACUGUCUUGUUUGUCAUGUGGUGUACUGGAACUCAAAUCUUUGAUUUGCUUUUCUGUCAAAUGGGAACAAAUGCUGUGUAGUGGGGGACCAAAACGUCUUCUGACAAGUGCCAGUGUUUGAGGAUGGGUGCACUUGCUUUCACUCCAACUGUGAGAUUUGUGUGCUUUUUACUUCGGGUUUUCCCACAAAUUGACAUUAUAUUUACAUUGAACCGAAGCCUAUAAUUCCACUUGGGCUUGAGAUAAAUUUUUGAGGAAAGCUAGGAGUUGUUUGGUUGGAUAUAGAGAACAUGUUCCAGGUGGACUUUUAGGGUGAAUUUGCCUUGUUGGCCACUUACUCUUUGGAGUCAGAGGUUUCUUUCCGCCCCUUAACCAAGAAGCUGAUUUUAAAUGAUUUUGGUGUAGGUCAACACUUGAAAUGUAGAUGUCCGCAUUUGAUCUCGGUGAAACUAACAAUGUAAUGUUUUUUUUUUUCUUCCUCUGAAGGCAGCUGGAAAAUAUGUUUCUAGCUAUGGCAUACAUGAGGUGUUACAUAAUUGUUGGUUUAUUUAAUUUUGUUAAUUUGGUGCAUGCGGAACUCUGUAUUUAUUAUGAUUCAUUGUAUACCUCUUUGGACUGAAAUGGUUAAGAGCUUGUUUUUAAGAGUUGCAAUCUGUAUAUUCCAUGUUUGUUAAAGAACAUUCAGUUAAACUAGUGAUAUGAUAAAUAAAUUGUUUAUAAAAUA